AUGUCUCCUUCUUUUCUCUUGGGAUUUGUCGCUAUAUGCGCGGUUAUCAACGCGUUUCUUACGCGUGAAACCUUCGCUAAGGUUGUCGCGACCGAGAAUGCGACCUUCCUCGCCUUCGACAACGGCAGGCUGUCCUUUACGGUAGAUAAGACUACGGGCUUUCUAGGACAUGCACAUCUGGACGGCUUUGAUUUGCAAGGUCCUCAGUCGAAUUCGUCUGGUCGCGGUUACUACGAGUGCCAUUGCGUUCCGACUGACUAUCAGGUGGCGGGGUCCGACAUAUACCAUGUUGGUCUCAACUCGACGUUCAAUCUCCUACAAGGACACGAUAGCACUGGGAAGGCCUACGCUGGCGUGUUUGCUCAGGAAAUACUUCCUAUAGGUCACACAUUCCAGCAGUGGUACUUCCUCCGAGAUGGCGAGACCGGCCUCCACAACUUCGCUCGUCUGAUCUAUCACAACGACACGGUUGGCCCUCCGUUCGAGGACGGAGGCAUCCCGGUACGGGAGAUCCGUGAAGUCUUCCAGUUCAACACGACCUUGUGGCAGACUGCGUCGACGAAUCCAACAUUGAACGUGUCGAUCCCCUCCCAGGAGGCUAUCACGCCCGCCAUCCAGGUGCAAGAUGCUACGUGGUACCUCGGAAUGACUCCAGAAGAGCCCUUCGUCCAGGAGACGGCCGUUUACUGGACAAAGUACAUGUUGGCGGACGCGUACAGAUAUCGAAAAGCCCAUGGGCUUUACGGCAAAGCAGAGGACGGCACGGCAUACGGCGCGUGGCUAGUUAGUGUUACGCAAGACACGCUCUUUGGCGGGCCGACCCACUACGACCUGCUCUUGGACGGCAUGAUUGGGGUGCCAGAGGGUAGUACGAAUCUGCAGCGCAUUCCGCACAUCUAUUACUACGCGAGUUUCACCAUCUCCUUUGCGUCCAGUCACCAAGGUGCCGCGACUUCGAAUCUGACGAACGAGGGAUACGACCGGACAUGGGGACCUCAGCUGCUAUAUUUCAACAAAGGCGCAGAUGCGAGCCUAUCUACCCUUCGCGCCGACGCGGAGUCGAAGGCGGCCUUGGGUUACUCCGACUUCAGCCAGUUUUACGACUCAGUCGCCCACCUCGUGCCUGGCUUCGAGCCACCUUCCUCGCGGGGGAGCGUGUCCGUUCGGAUAUCGCUGCCUGCCGGCGCCGAGAACGCCGUCGCCAUUCUGAGCGCGGAGGGGUUUGACUUUCCCAGCAACGUGCUCGACCUAUCGGCGUAUCAGUACUGGGGGGACGUCAGCGGCGGUAGAGUGACGAUCGAGCAUGUGAGGCCGGGGAAUUACCGCUUGACGGUGUAUGGCCAAGGUGUCUUUGGCGAGUUCGUCCAGCAAAACGUGGCCGUGGUUAGUGGGAAACAGACGCAACUGCAUGACCUGCGUUGGACCGAAGAGAGCGCAGGAACGGAAAUCUGGCGCUUCGGCGUCCCCGACCGCACUGCGGGCGAGUUCAAGCACGGUUUCGAGCGGAUCCAGAACGAGUCAUUCCAUAUCCAGGAGUACCGGAUCUACUGGGGCGCGUACAACUUCACCGCCGAUUUUCCACAUGGCGUCGACUUUGAAAUCGGCGCAAGCGACUACGAUAAGGACUGGAAUUAUUGCCAGUUCUCAGAGUACGCCGGCGCGGCGGAUACCAACUUUACGAUUCGGUUCGACCUCACGGCUGCUGACGUAUCGCCAAUGUCGGCGAUUGUCACGCCCGGCGGGAACGCGACGGUCACCGUUGCCGCCGCGGGUGUGUCCGGCCCCACCGGGAACGAGGAUUGGUCGUCUUCGAUGUUCGCUUCUUUCCCACUGUUCCUCACGGUAAACGACCGGCGCGACGACGCCCUGGAGUGGAUCAUACCUUCGAAUAUCAGCUCGAGCUGCGUACAGCGGAGCGGGAUCUCAUGUUUUGCGGUGAGCCACAAGUACCAGUUCCCAGCCGAUUGGCUCGUCGAAGGCAGUAACAGCUUCGAGUUCGGCCUCGUCCACGGAUCGAAGACGUUCAUCAUGUACGACGCCGUGAGGCUGGAGGUCGCAUACUGA